AUGUCCGAACAGUCUCACCAGGUUUCCUUGCCGCCUUCAACCCAACAACCACAGGGGUAUUGGGCACAUGGGCGAUACUACGGGAAUUGGAGACCUGGCAAGUACCUGGUCCCGAUCGAUGCAGAGGAGCUCAAUAGGCUCGACAUAUUUCACAAGUUCUUUCUCGUGGCUCGGGACGAUGCCUUGUCCGUCUGCAAUCUCAACAUCGACCGCCCAAUCAGGAUCCUGGAUCUGGGGACGGGAACAGGCAUAUGGGCGAUCAAUGUUUGCGAAGAAUCUGAGAAAAUUCCUGAGGUCAUGGCGGUCGACCUCAACCGCAUCCAACCAAAUUUCAUCCCCCGCGGCAUGAUUACUGUACAAUUCGAUAUCGAAGACCCUUCCUGGAACGAUCUUUUGUGGCAGUGCGAUCUUGUACACCUGAGGACACUCUUGGGCAGUAUCCACAAUCCGUGUUGGCCUACCAUAUACCGGAACAUUUUUCAGCAUCUGACACCCGGGACGGGCUGUCUCGAGCAGGUUGAGAUUGACUGGUCCCCUCGAUGGGAUGAGAAUAGCGAGGUGCCUCCAAACUCAGCGCUCAAGGAAUGGGCCGACAGACUUCUCGCGGCCUUGGAUCGCUGCAACCGGAACGCGAGAAUCCUGCCGCGGGAAACCAGGCGAAUGAUUGAGCAAGCUGGCUUCGUCGAUUUCGAGGAGCGGACCAUCCGAUGCUACGUGAACCCAUGGUCCCCCGUUCAGAAAGAGCGGGAGGCGGCUAAGUGGUUCAACUUGGGCCUCAGGCAGUCUCUGGAAGCCAUGGGUCUGAUGCCCAUGAUAGAACAGCUGGGCAUGACAGCGGAGCAGGUGAGGGACCUUUGCAGCCGUGUAGUGGAAGAAAACACGAAGCUUCGGUAUCACGGUUACUGCACAAUGUACAUUUGGACAGCAAGAAGACCGGGGAACGCUGGUCACGGCGGUGCGCCUCAAGCAGUGCCUUCGCAGACCGGCCGUAUGUAG